AUACCUCUGUUUUUGUCGAAGUAUAUCACAUCAUCCACGCCUACUCUUUCAUCCUCGCUUCAAUUUCUCUCUCUUUUUCCGCCAUCAUUCCAUUUUCUUCACUCGCACAACAACAACAUCUAACAGAACAUUAGAAGCAACGCUUCCCCACCGUUCAGGGGUUUCGUUUUCGUAUUUUCCACCACUUUCAGAUCUGAAUCACAAUCCGCCAUUGCCAAUCCCCAUUUCGCAGCGCAGAUCUCGAUUCUCCACUCCCUCGCCCGCUGCAUUCUUCGUUCCUCAAUAACUCCGUUCACUCGAAUUCCACGCUUCGUUGAUUUCUGAAUUCCGUCCUUUCACUCACACUUUCAUGUUCUUCUUUGGAUUCAAAUUCUCUCCUUCUCUUUGUCAAAACAGAUCUUGAAAAUUGGCGCCCCAAAGACGGUCGCAGCGCCACAUGGGUGGCCAGAUGCAGCAGAGCAAUGCAGCGGCCACUGCUCUGUAUGACCACGCCGGCGCCGGAUCUCUCCAUAAUGCGGCGGGGCCGGCUACCGAUGCCGGCGACGCGGUCAUGGCGCGCUGGUUACAAUCCGCCGGCUUGCAGCAUCUGGCCUCUCCACUGGCUUCCACUGGUAUCGAUCAACGCCUCCUUCCCAAUCUUCUUAUGCAGGGUUAUGGAGCGCAGUCUGCAGAAGAAAAGCAGAGGCUUUUUAAGUUAAUGAGAAACCUCAAUUUUAACGGGGAAUCUGGUUCUGAGCCAUAUACGCCCACUUCCCAAAAUUUAAGUGGAGCGACGGUAUCAGAUGGGUUUUAUUCUCCAGACUUCAGGGGAGAUUUUGGAGCCGGGCUUCUGGAUCUUCACGCUAUGGAUGAUACAGAGCUUUUGUCCGAGGUACGAUUCACCAUAUGGUGGUUUCCAGUUCAUUCGGUUAAACAAGCUAACUGCAGUUUGAUUCCUUUUCUACACAUUUGCUGGGAUAAUAUUUUUUAUGUGUAAAGUUGUCUUCCAUGUACGAAUAUUAACCUAAUAUCAUCACUAUUAAUUUUCAUGAUAAGUUUAACAAAUUUUUAUUAAGGUGUAAUGCAACUUUUUGUUUGGCGAUGGUGAAAAAUCUUGGUUAUAUAAGCAGAAUUAUUUAGGCAAUAGUCAUAGGUUUGAAUGUCUGAAUGAAGUUAUCAAAUCGAGAUUCAAAUUGUGAAUUGGAAAACUAUUUCUUUAUCUUUGAAUUACUUCAAAUGUAUCAUAAUGAUUAUAGAUUAUAUGUGGUGCUCAAUAUUAUAAUUAUAAAC